UCUUAUAUGCACCCCCAUUCUCUGUCUCCAUGUCGCUCUCCUUCUCUUAUCUCAUCACAUGGGAAGCAAUGAGCAGAUGCUUGUAUUCCCUCCAGCAAGAUUGCUUGUAAUUUCAAUUUUCAACUACAAAUAAUUGCAUUUAGUGUUUCAUUUUUGUUCCUUCAUGUCCACCGAUCAAUCAAAUCCCCAAAUACUUUCAUAAAUCCGCUGUUCCAUUCCCAUAUUCCUCUAAAUCCGCAAAUCUUGCCCUAACUUUCAUAUCCAAGGAAAGGGAACGUUUUGGUGGAGUCAAGCCGGGAAAUUUGGGGUUGGGCGGUUUUGAGAAAAACUGGAAGAGUUGUUCUUAAGAGAUGUUGCUGGCUUUGAAUCGUAAUGGGGUUUAUUUCAUCAACUGUUUCUUCCAUUUUUCUGAAUGGCAUCCAUUGGAGUUCAGCAAAUAGCAGAUUAAUUAGGGCUUGAUUGCCUCCUUCCUGUAAUUUCAUAGGGAUAAUCAUCUGCAAGCGUAACAUAAAUGGGCUGCUGUGGUUGUUUUGGGUUUUCAUUUGCAAAAAAACACAAGAAUCAGAGGCCAAGGGUACAGGGGGGAAAUUAUGUUCUACAGGGGUUAUUAAAUGAAGAGGUGGAAGAAGAUGAGGAAGAAGAAGAAGAAGAAGAAGAAGAUCAUCACUCAUAUACUGACAACAUGACAGAUACUGAAAAAGGAGAUCAUGAAGAGCUUAGAAACCCUGCUAAAACCUCUCAAGAGAUUCUUAUUUACAGGACAGAAAACGGAUUAAUUUGCAGAGAGUUUCCUGUUAAAGAAACCCACAAAGUUAUUCGAUCAGAGGAUGAAAAUGGGAACAAAAUGGUGAAUGAGUAUGUUCGCGAGUGUAAAAUUGGAGCUGGUAGCUAUGGCAAAGUGGUUCUUUAUCGAAGCCAGAUUGAUGGGAAGCAUUAUGCCAUUAAGGCUUUUCACAAAUCUCAUUUAUUAAAGCUACGUGUUGCCCCAUCUGAAACAGCCAUGACUGAUGUUCUUCGUGAGGUUUUAAUCAUGAAAAUGUUAAAUCAUCCAAAUAUAGUGAAUCUUGUUGAGGUGAUUGAUGAUCCUAACACAGAUCACUUUUACAUGGUUCUUGAAUAUGUUGAAGGGAAAUGGGUGUUUGAAGGUGCGGGCCCGCCAGGUGGCCUAGGAGAAAAUCUUGCAAGGAGAUAUUUGCGCGAUAUAGUUUCUGGAUUGAUUUAUCUCCACUCUCAUAAUGUUGUUCAUGGAGAUAUAAAACCUGAUAAUCUUCUAGUAACUGGUAAUGGGAAUGUAAAGAUUGCUGAUUUCAGUGUGAGCCAAGUUUUUGAGGAUGAAAAUGACAAGCUUCGCCGCUCCCCUGGGACGCCUGUUUUCACCGCUCCCGAGUGCUGUCUAGGUAAAAAUUAUCAUGGUAAAACUGCGGAUACAUGGGCGGUUGGAGUUACUUUGUAUUGUAUGAUAUUGGGACAAUAUCCUUUUCUUGGAGACACACUACAAGAUACGUAUGAUAAGAUUCUUAAUAAUACUAUAUUUCUCCCCGAUGAUAUGAACCCCAUGCUCAAGAACCUUAUCGAAGGGCUUCUCUGCAAAGAUCCUAUGGAGCGAAUGAGUCUCGAAACGGUUGCAGAGCAUUCGUGGGUGAUGGGUGAUGAGGGGCGGGUCCCGGAAUAUGUUUGUUGGUGCAAAAGGAACAAGUUACAAAGGGAAGAAGAGAGAGAGAUUAUUAGCAAUACAAAUUAAGGUGAUUUUGCUUUUUUGUUUUAUGGAUAUUUUUGUAUAGUAAGAUGUUGAUUUAUUAAUGAGUUCGAUAAAAAAGAAAAAUAAGAAAGGGGAUAAUGUGAGAUAAUAGUUUGGAACUUUAUAAUAUAUGUCAUAUUCUUGUUUGUUGUA